AUGGAACAUAUUCAUUUCGUGAUCGAUAACAGCGACAUUCGAACAUGUAUCAAAGUGUUACUAUUGUUUUCUGCCUUCGGUUUGUCAGUUACUGCUUUCGCUUUGAUUAGUCAUGGAGUUAGGUGCCUAAUAGAUCUUCCUUACGAUGACGUGAAUCUCUACCGGAGAAUAAAAAUCGCGGCUAUCGUAAAUAUAAUAAUUGGAAUCGUAACGUCUAUAGUUAGUUUGGUAAACUAUGGUAUUGUGGGAAAUUACAUAACUAGACUGUAUCAUAUUAAAGGCAUCUAUAAAAUUUUUGCUGCUCUCGUGAUGGUAAAUGGCGUGCUAAUGAUGGGCUUUGGAAUUUACCUUGUAGUUACAUCGGCCAAAAAUUAUGACCAAAAUAUGAGAAUGGAUCUAGAGAAAAUGCUAAUAGUGAAAUUUGAAGGAUAUUUCCACAACGGUGAAAAUGAGAAGUAUGUUGACAAUUUUCAGAAGUAUUAUAAAUGUUGUGGUCUGUAUAAACCAGAUUAUUGGCAGGAAGAACCUCCACGUAGUUGUUAUACCUCCAGGCAGCGUCAUGAAAAAGGAUGUAUCGAAGCUUCUAGUACUUCUGGCAUGUGGACCCGGGGUAUUAUAAUGAUAGUUGUCGCAAUAUUUCAUAUUCCUCUAGCAAUACUGGCUGUCUACUUAGCCAAAGUUAUUCGACCAGAUGCGCCAGUAGUAUCUUCACUUCAACAACCCAGUACAAGUAGUAGUACAACCAACAGAUAUUAUUUAUCCGAGGGGGUAUAG